AUGGCAGACAUGAUGGCGCUACUUGUGGCUCGAAAGGAGGAGCUACCGAGCGACAUCCAGGCCUUGCUGCAGCAAAGUGCCUCAGCCAAUGCCAAAGACCUACAUCGUUGUAUCUCAGCCCAAAGCAAUGCAGCGAAAGCGCUCUCCCAAGUGCAAGAGGACAGGGAAACCUACUUGCUUGGCUGGCAAAAGUAUAUUCAUGGUUUGGCGUCCACGGUGGAAGCUCAGUUGACGGAAAAGGAGCAAGUGAUGCUCAACUACCAAGCUGCAGAAGAGUCGCUCCAAGAAACCAUAGAGCAGGCCAGAGAAGACAUGCUUCGUUUGGCUGGUGGAGAAGGCAGCAAGUCUUCGGAAGCGACGCUGAUGGAGACAGACGGGCUCCCAGGGCCCGCUUUGGAAGACCAGGCAGCCAUCAAAGCAGCAGAACUCCGUCAAAAGGAGCAAGCGCUCCUGCAAUCCUUGAAAGUGGUCAAGGACGACGCGGACCAGGCAGCUACCAGGAAGAGGAAGGAGCUGUCUCGCACACCUCGCAGAAGCAAGCAGCGAGAUGGCAUUUCAGUGAGCUCAGGAGAGGAGGAAGCGAAAGAAGCUGGCUCCUUGCUCUCGCAGCCCGCGCGGCCUUUUCCGCAGGCUCAAUCUCGUUAUCUCCUGUACCACUCGAUUCAGACAGAAAUAGACUGCCAGCAGUAUUGGAAUGCCAGGCCAUUGGCUCUACAUGCGCAAUACAUGCUGGAAGCUUGGAGUGUCGAUCAGUAUGUCGUCGAGAUGGACAGUCGAGUCUCAAAGCAUGCAGUGAAGACCCGCUCCCCUGUUGACAUCGCUUAUGCCAGGGUUGCACAGAGAGGUCUAGCCGGCUAUCUUCAAGAAAAAGAGUUUGCCGGACUUUGUCACAGCGUUCAGGAUGCAGAGCUCACCUCGUGCCUGGAACGCCGUCGUACUAUGCCAGGCACGGUUCACUUUGCCGACCUGGGCACCAUCAACCGGAUCUCCUGCGAGAAGCCUUCCGACGCCAAUGGACAGCACAGUGGCUCUGAGCGGGAGAUAUCAGGUUCUUUUGCCCCGUAUGUGUCUGAGGGACCAGCGUGCAGGGAUGGUGGACAGUGGGACAUCAAUGUUGGAAAAAGCCUUGGAGAGGCUAGAGUACCUUUGGAUGUUCCCACUGCCGGUUCCCUGUCAAACCUCACCGAGCAUGUCUUCAUUCCAGCGCCUUUGUUGCCGGUGACACCAGACCUUCCGCUUGAAGAGAAGCAAGGCUCUCAAGCGCAGCAAGGAGCGGCCCAUCCAGCACUUGAAGGUUCUGAGGCAGCCCGAGCCCUUGAUGAAGUGUUGGCAGGAUGUUUUCCCCUGCGUCUCCGUCCACUCCCUGCUCUUGACAGAGCGCCUUCCCAUGUGCGCGCAGCCGUGGCUCCUUGCCAUAGGCCCAUUCCGGAUUUGCGCCAGCUGCCUAUAGGCUCUGAGCUUCACUUGUUCUCUGACGGCUCCAGAAGCACAGCUGGCUCUGGUUGGGCGGUUGUAGUCACCUCUUGGGUUCCUGAUAGGGGUUGGGGUAUUGAAGGGUGUUUGUUUGCACGCACAGCUCAAGGGAUCUUUGGCGAGACUGUGCACGAUUCCUGCGAAGCUGAAGCUUCGGCAGUCUCUGCUGCCUUGGUUUGGGCCCUUGCUGCUCCUCCUGCUGCCAGUGUCUUUUUGCAUUAUGACAAUGAAGCUGCGGGUCAAGCCGCAACAGGCACCUGGGCCGGCCACUCUGGGCACGCUUGGAAUGAUGCGGCUGAUUUCAUUGCCAAAGCUGCGCUCCAUGACGACCAGGGUCAAACAUGCAUUAAUAGUCUUUCCUCUUUGCUUCAGCCAAAGCUGCUUCCAUGGCUCUGGACCCUGCCAGUCAGCGCAGGAGAUCUGCCUACCGCCUGGGACUUGGUUGCAGGCACCGGUCUCGUUAAUGUCUCUGCUACGCAGCGCAGUGACUGCGCUUUUCCAACAGGCAAGUCUCACUAUUCCAAGCCCGUUGCUGGCAAGCUGUCCUUUCUCUCCUUCAACGAAGAAGCAGGGAUGUACAUUCCGGCCCUCCAGGAACUUUUGGCCAAGCAGCUGCUUCAUGAUGACUUUGGCCUUGUCGCUCUCCAGGAGACCAGACUCCCUUCCAGCAGUUCAUACACCUCUGGUGCCUUCUACGUUGUCAAUUCAGCCUGUGACGAACAAGGCCAAGGGGGAUGCGCGCUGUGGUUUCGGGUUGAUGAACCACUGUUGGGUUCUGGCAAGCCAGUCACACCGUCGCAGGUCACGCUCCUUUUUUCUUCUCCGAGACUGCUGGUGUGCCGCCUCACAAUGCAAGGUGCCACCUUCCUGUGUGUCUGUGCUCACGCGCCGCACAGCAAGCGACCGGAAAAGGAGAGGCUGGAUUGGUGGGAUCUCUUUGUGAAGGUUCUAGGGAAGGUUUGCAAAUCUGGCGACAUUCUUCUCAUAGCUGCGGACGCAAAUGCCCGCCUGGGCGCUAGCCACACGGGUGUUUCGGGUUCUUUUGGAGCUGAGCCCCUGAAUGCAAAUGGAGAAGCAUGGUUAGAGCUCCUUGAGCAGUUUGGUAUGUGCUUACCUGCAACGUUUAGUCACACUGGCCCCUCUGCCACAUGGCGCUCACCACAAGGUUUUGAGGCUCGCCUUGACUACAUUGCCAUUCCACAGGCUUUGUCCGCCUCCGUUGAGGAAUCCGCCACAUUGCUCCAGUACGAUGCCUUGACCAAUCAGGAUGAUCACAGAGCUGUCUCCUGUCGCCUUCGUCUGCAGCUUCCCGGGAAAGCAACUCACCGCCCAAAAAGUGUUCGCUGGCAGCUGCCGGAAGAAUGGGCGGAGCCCUGGAGUGCUUCUGUUGCAUGUAUGACCAGGCCUCGAUGGGACCUGUCAACUGAUCAGCAUGCCAGCGCCCUUCGUCAGGGUCUGCAAGACCGCAUGGCGCAUUUUCACUACCAGGCGCCGCCUACUCCCAGGCGGCCCUACGUCACGCCAGAAAUCCUUGACCUCCUAAAGGAGCGGAAUGCUCUGAGGAAACGUCUGCGCGAGCUCCGCUCAGGAGGAGACAAUGUGGAGCAGUCGCCCCUACUUGCUCAGUUCAGGACCUUAGCACGGGCUUUGCGCCGUAAGCUCAAGGCAGCGAAGGUCAGCUACCUCACUUCCCUUGCUGUUGAAUUUGAGCACAAGGCUUCCUUUCGAGACUCCAAGGCCCUCUAUAGGGCGCUGCAGCCGCUCAGGGCGGGUCCAGGGGCUCCCUCGAGAGUUCGGCCUGCCACCCAGGUCCUUACGAAAGAUGGUCUUCCCUGCGCUGACGCUGGUGAGAUAGCAGAUCUUUGGUCCUUUCACUUCGCCCGGUCAGAGGGAGGGAAAGUCUGCACCGCCGCUGAACUUGUGAGCGACCAUGUUUCCAGCCUGCAGCCCCUGGCCCAGUCAGCUGCUCUUGACUUCCUUCCCACACUUACGGAGUGGGAAGGGUUACUUCGUGCCCUUCCUAGAGGGAAAGCUCCGGGCCCGGAUGGCUUAUCCUCCUCACAUGUUCGUGCUGCCACCGCGGCUAUGGCUCGGCUGACUUAUGGUCUCACGCUCAAGGUUGCUUGUGGCGCUCCCGAGCCCCUAGCCUGGCGAGGUGGGAAGGCCCUCCCCCUUUUCAAAGGAAAGGGGCAAGGCACAAAACCCGGCGAGUAUCGAAGCAUUUUGGUCUCGGAGGUGUUGGGGAAACGUUGGCACGCAUGGCUUCGCAGCUCUUUACUUGCUACUUUUCGUGAAAGGGCUGCUCCCCUCCAGUGCGGCGUUACUGGUGGUCAUUCCACCGGGCUCCUCUCUCUCUUUCUCCGUAGCUUCCAGGCCCAGGCUCAAUCUCGGGGUUUUUCUUGGGGCAUCCUUUUUGUUGACCUGCGUUCUGCCUUUUACUCGGUCCUGAGGCAGUUUGUCACUGGGGCAGACUGCUCUCUUGAUUCCUUCCAAGCUCUCUGUGGCAGGCUUGGAAUUGGCGUUGAACAGUUUGAGGCGAUCGUAGCCGCCCUAGGUGCAGUUGAUGCCAAGGUUCUGGACUCUCUGCAGCCUGUCCUGGGAGCCCGUGUGAAGGAUGUGCUCCAAUCUACGUGGUUUCAGGUCCAAGGUUCAGAAAAGGUCGUGGCCACUCAAGCAGGCUCCAGGCCAGGUGAUCCCCUAGCGGAUAUCCUUUUCGGGUUGUCCGUUGCCGGUGCCGUGAAGCAGUUGAACGAGACCAUGCGUGAUGCUGGCUUGCUACCGUCUUUCAAUACCGCCGGAGUUUUGCCAGGGGUUGAGCCGGGCACAUCUUGGUUAGAGGCUUCCUGCAUGUGGCAUGAUGACCUAGCCGUCCCGUUUGUGGUUGACACCCCUGCUGCCCUGCAAGGCGCGAUAGCUUUCGUGGCGCGUCUGGCCCAUGACACCUUUGCCUCCAGAGGACUGAGCGUCAACUACGACAACGGCAAGACAGAAUGUGUUUGUCGCGCUGUUGGAAAAGGAUCCAGAGUUGUCACGUUCGCCUUGAAGGAUAAGCCGAACCCCACGGUGUCCUUUCUGCCGGAUAUCGGCACCAUGCAGCAAGUCAAGAUUGUGCCAGAGUACUGUCACUUGGGUUCGCUAGUUGCAGAAGAUUGUUCCCUACUUCCUGACAUCAGGCGCAGGCUGCUUCUGGCGGCGGCUUCUGCUAAGCCGCUAGCCAAAUCGGUCUUCUCAAAUCCCAAUGUCCCCCUAGCAGUGCGUCGGGUUCUCUUCCGCGGUCUUGUCCUUGGCCGUGCCCUUCACGGAGUCGGUGCGUGGGCCGGCCUGCAGGUGCAAGAAAUGAGGGCCUGGCACGCAGGGAUCAUGCGGCUUUAUCGCCUGUUGCUUCCUGUCAAAAACACUGCAUCGGACCCCUGGCUCUCUGAUGUCGAGGUGUGUAAGCAAUGCGGGUUGCCUCCUCCCUGCAGGCUUCUGUCGCUGGAACGUCUUCGCCUUUUUGGCCAGUUGCAUCGCACGACCUCGGGGCCCAUUGCCGCAGCUAUCGAAGCAGUCGCGGGCGAGCCCCGUUGCUGGCUGUCAGACGUUCUUGACGACUACUCAUGGCUGUGCUCCCUUCGGUUGGCUCCCACCUCUGUCCUGCCUAAGCCUCUGCCACAGGAGGUCUGUGCAUUUGUGAACCAAAACGCCACUGUUUUGAAUAGAUGCCUUUCGAAGGCAGGUUCUCGGGCAGCUGAGGCGCCGCAGCCUUCAGAUCUGCCGCCCGCCAGGCAGGAGUCCCAAUCGAUCACUUGCUUCUUGUGCCAACAAACCUGCAAAGGCCGGCAGGGUCUUGCGGCCCAUUUAGCCCUUUCGCACCACAUUCAGGCCAGGGCAGGCUGGUACGCUGUGGGCUCGUCUUGUCAAGCAUGUGGCCUCAAUUUCCGCACUCGCACUAGGCUUUUGAGGCAUUGGCGCAAAGGCAAGCCAGCUUGCAUGAAGUGGGUCUCGCAACACUGCGAAGCCGUUAGCGACACGGCCCGAGCGGAGCUCGACCGUGCGGAGAGCUUGCGUCUGCGACGCACAAAGGGGAGAGGCCCGGAGGACUCUCUCCCAAUUUUUGCUGAGGUGGGUCCCCCACCGAUCGUUCUGGGGGCGCGAGAGACUCCGCGUGUCUUCCUAGACGAUGUCAUGUGA